UCGUCGUAUGUUCCCAGAGAAUGGUUGCCGAUGGUGAUUUAUCGUAAUUUUUGAAUGGUGCAUCGGUUGAAGAAGUUCAAUUCGAACAAGCUCUGAAACAAUGGCAUUAAAGGAGACUUGUUAUAACAAGCUCAUGAAUGAAGUCAUUAAGAGCAAAAGCACCGGAAAGUCACGCGAUUGGCGAUGUCUUGUCGUCGACAAACUUGGCAUGAGGAUGUUUUCCUCUUGUUUGAAGAUGCAUGAAAUUGCCGAGGAAGGGAUCACUUUGGUCGAGGACAUUGAUAAGCAAAGGGAACCGAUGCCGUCGAUGGAAGCAAUAUAUUUGCUUUCGCCCACUGAAGCGACCGUUGAAAAGCUGAUUCGAGAUUUCGGCUCUGGUUCUAAAAUAAUGUACAAAGCUGCGCACGUUUAUUUUUCGGAAGCGUGUCCAGAAGAGCUCUUCAAUCGGAUUUGCCAUGCGCCCAUUGCUCGUUACAUGAAAACCUUGAAGGAAAUCAACAUAGCAUUUCUGCCUUACGAAUCCCAGGUUUUUUCGCUGGAUAAUGCGAAAGCUUUUAGCAUUUACUUCAACCCUGCUCAGGCGAUGACUCGAUCAGCUGCCUUGGAAAGCAUUGCGGAGCAAAUCGCAACUUUGUGUGCCACACUAGGAGAGUAUCCGAAUGUGCGUUACCGUUCGGAUUUCGACCGCAACGUUGACGUUGCCCAACUUGUCCAGCAAAAACUCGACGCUUAUAAAGCCGAUGAACCCACGAUGGGUGAGGGCCCUGAAAAGGCCCGAUCGCAACUGUUGAUUCUCGAUCGUGGUGUCGACUGUGUCUCGCCAUUACUUCAUGAGCUAACCUACCAAGCCAUGGUUCACGAUUUGCUUCAUAUUGAAAACGACGUUUACAGGUACGAGGCAUCCGCUGGUCAGGAUAAAGAAGUGAUUCUUGACGAAAGAGACGAGCUGUGGAUUUCGCUGCGUCAUGAACACAUCGCUGUUGUGUCGCAAAAGGUCUCUCAAUAUAUGAAAAACUUCAUGGACUCGCGACGAAUGGAUCCCAGCAAGUCCGACAUGAAUAUGCGUGAUUUAUCAAAGAUGAUCAAAGAAAUGCCUCAGUACCAAAAGGAGCUUGGGAAAUAUUCGACGCAUCUUCAUUUGGCCGAAAGUUGUAUGAAUACCUACAAGAAGUUUGUUUCGAAGCUGUGUAAAGUUGAGCAAGAUCUUGCGAUGGGCACGGAUGCUGAAGGUGAACGUGUUAGGGACCACAUGAAGAACAUCGUGCCAGUUCUCUUGGAUAAAACUCUUUCGCACGCGGACAAAAUCCGCAUCAUUCUGCUUUACAUUCUCACGAAAAACGGGAUUUCGGAGGAAAAUCUGCUAAAGCUCAUGCAGCACGGUGAAAUUCCCGCUUCGGAACGAUCUACGAUAACCAACCUUGGACUGCUGGGUGUCAAUGUGGUCGUUGAUGGGAACAGGAAAAAGGUUUACCAACCUAGUCGAAAGGAGCGUAUCACUGAGCAGACGUAUCAGAUGUCUCGCUGGACUCCACUUCUGAAGGAUAUCAUGGAAGAUGCUAUUGAGGACAAGUUGGAUAAAAACCAUUUUCCAUACCUGGCUGGAGGCCGAGCAUCUGGCAGUUCCUACCGAUCCGCCCCGACAAGUGCCAGGUAUGGACAGUGGCACAACGACAAAUCCCAAGCGAAGGUGAAAAACGUCCCGAGGUUGAUAGUGUUCGUUAUCGGUGGCAUCUCCAUGUCUGAAAUGCGCACUGCCUACGAGGUGACCAAGCAAGCUCUCAACUGGGAAGUUCUUAUCGGUGGUACCUCGGUUUUGACGCCGGAAACGUUUCUCAGGAAUCUCAAAGAGCUCGAUGCUCAAGUUUGA